UGCCUCUUGACUUCUCGGCGCGUUUCGUGUAUUUUUUCUUUUUCUUUUUUCAAUCGCCACUCGAACCGCACGGUUUUUUCAAAGUUAUCGUCCUUCAGUUUGUAUGAGCACGAAUGGAUAUUAUGCUCCGUUACGUUCGGCUGCUUCCCACUUUACUGCUGAUCGGCCAUAUAAACUGCAUCGAGGCAGGCGGCCCCCCGUCCUCCCAGCUGGCGAGUCUCUUUCUUCGUCUCUAUACCGGGGAAACGACCGAGGAUUUUCUCGAUGAACAUCUGAGCGACGUGGAUACUCUUCUUUCUCGUAUAAAUGACACCAAGCCGACAGUUGUUUACGUACAUGGGUGGAGCGAGAGUGCAGAAAGCGUCAGCGUCCGCGCGAUUGUCGAUGGCUAUUUGCACAGAGGCGAUCACAACGUCAUUGUGGCUGACUGGAGUGAAGUUGCGAGUCAAAGCUACCUGAGGGCGGUCCCCGAGAUUAAAGGGGUGGGUGCAGCCUUUGCCGAAGCUCUGAGGACGAUGGUUAAUUCCGGUUUCGAAAUCGAGAAGCUCCACGUCGUGGGACACUCACUGGGCGCGCAGGUUUCCGGUUACAUUGGGCGAUCUCUUAAUUUUACCAUCCCGAGAAUCACAGGAUUGGAUCCAGCCGGUCCUCUCUUCAAUUAUCUGGAAUCACCUCUUUCUGCGAAGGACGCACAAUUUGUCGACAUCAUACACACUGAUUACGGAUUCUACGGAAUCGCCCACGUGACUGGUACUGUGGACUUCUUCCCUAAUGGCGGCCGUCGGAUACAACCUGGUUGUCCGUUUUACUACCACGUAAUGAGCAAAGGAGAUUUUUGUAGCCACCACCGAUCUUGGAAGUUUUACGCCGAGUCUCUCCUGAUAGAGGACUCCUUCGUGGCCGUUAAGUGCACCUCGAAUAUACGUUUCCUUCUUGGGAAGUGCAAAAAGAACGAAAAGGCGAUUAUGGGAUUUGCAACUUCCGUCACUACGAAGGGUGAAUUCUAUCUCAAGACGAAUUCCACUCCCCCUUAUGGCCUCAAGAAGAUGCAGCUAUAAGAAGAGAAACGGCGCGAACCUAAUUCACCCUCUGGCUCUAUUGACUAUUAUCUCCAGGAACUCAGCAUUCGCUAUCUCGUGUGAGUGUUGCAUUAAUUGUCCAUUUGCAUAUUUUAAUCUGAUCGGUUUCACCGGGGAGAGCGGGAGAAAUGCGAGAGCGGCUGACAAAUUAAUUUAUGAUUUGACCGUAGUCCAAUUCGAAGUGACAAUUCCCUCCAGGCAAUCGUUAGCCAAUUGCCAGUGUGUAGGAUAAAUAGAUAAACUCUAUGGGAACUAUUGUAGCAAAAUGUUCACGAUUAGAUACAAUUUAGAUUAGAUAGGGAAUAAGUGCGGCUAUCCCCUAAGUUUCAUUCGAAAUUGAAAAUUUGAAAAUCAUAAAUGAAUGUUACGCAUGAAAAGAUAAGUUGGAAACUGGUCUGCAUAAUGCUAGAAAAUUCAGUGUUCUUGAAACUCCAGACCCGAGAGUAAUUCGCGAUGAUCGAUCCCCCCCCCCCUUGGCUCUUCUACCACACCGACAAUCUGCAAUCUGCAAUCUACAAUCUACAAUCUACAACGCGUAUUCCGUCAUUCGCAGCAGUUUUAUUCGGCUUUGGAUAUUAUUCCACUAAAUGGAUCUGAACAUUUUCUGUCUGCAAUGUCUAAGAAUUUUGAAUAAAAUGUUCAAAAUAUAAGUGUGCACUUGCGCCAGCAUGGAGCUGAAUCCUUGAAUGGAAUAAGAAUAAGUAUUAUGGUGGUAUCGCUAAUUAGAAAACCAUUAAAUGUAUUGAGUAUUAAAUUAAAGGAUAUCAGAAAAACUCAA